AUGAAGCUCACCGUCGUCCUGGCCACCCUCGGCGCCGCCAUUGCCAUGGCCGCUCCGAACCCCGGCCCCGCUCCGGCUGCGGCCCCCGAGGCCGAGAAGGCGGCCGCGGCCGCUAAGAAGGCCCGCGACUGGAGCUGCCUCCCUCCCUCCUGCCAGGUGUCGGGCUGCGAUUCCGGAAACUGCGCCUACUGGUGUGAAGUCUGCGGCGUUUACUAA